AUGUUCUUUAUCAAUGAUUUGAACAUCUCUUACCCUCAUGCUGAGGUAGAGAGGGUACCAGUUACCAUGAAUUUUGUCUAUGCUCUCUUCAUACCCCUCGGAAUCUUGAUCCUGUCCAACUUCAUCGCUCGCUCCCCUGCCCACAAGCACGAGGUCACCUACCUCUCCUUUGCCAUUGCCGUCAUCCUCACCUCUUUCAUCACCGACAUCGUCAAAAACACCGUCGGCCGGCCCCGCCCCGACCUCAUCGCCCGCUGCAAACCGGCCCCCGGCACCCAGCCAAACACGUUAGUCACGAUUGACGUCUGUACCGAGACAAAUCACCAUACCCUCCACGAUGGGUGGCGGUCAUUCCCCUCGGGCCACUCCUCUUUCUCCUUUGCGGGCCUCGGGUUCCUGAGCAUCUUCCUGGCCGGCCAGCUUCGCGUCUUCCGUCACGCCCAUGGCGGCCGUGACCUCAGUCGUGCCCUCCUUUGCCUUGCCCCCUGA